UACCCAUGUCUACACACGAACGACAAGACUGAGAAAUAUGAUUCCCGAGAUGUUGAAAGACUAAAACAAGAUGAUGGCUGGCUUGAGAGUUAUCUGCAGUGGAGACAUCACAAUGUGGAUGACACGUUGAAAAUGAUCGAUGACAGCUUUCAAUGGAGAAAAGAAUUUUCAGUUCAUGAUUUAAGUGAGUCCAACCUUCCUCAAUGGACUUUUGAAACCGGAGCUGUUUAUCUUCAUGGAUAUGAUAAAGAAGGCAACAAAAUGUUUUGGUUUCGAGUAAAGUUACACGUCAAGGAUGCAAAGACAGCUUUGGAUAAAAAGAAGUAUGUAGCCUUCUGGUUAGAACGUUACGCAAAAAGAGAACAAGGAAAACCUCUGACGGUGGUGUUUGAUCUGACUGAGACUGGAUUAAGCAAUAUAGAUCUGGACUUUGUGAAGUUCAUCAUCAACUGCUUUAAGAUCUAUUAUCCUAAGUACCUUUCAAAAAUGGUCAUCUAUGAAAUGCCAUGGUUAAUGAACGCUGCUUGGAAGAUUGUAAAAUCAUGGCUGGGACCAGAUGCUGUGAAUAUGUUGAAAUUUACCAACAAGGCUGAUGUGCAGGAAUAUAUAAAUACAGAAUAUUUGCCAGCACACAUGGGAGGAAUUGAUCCUUUUAAAUAUAGCUACCCGCCAUUGCCCGAUGAUGACUUUCAAACACCUAUAUGUGAAAAUGGUCCAAUCCCAGGUGAAGAUGAAUUGGAUGGAAAAGAAAAGGGAGAUGGAGAUAGCAAGGAAACUGUUGACAUUAGCAACGUUGAAGAGCCCUUGCAGAAACAAAAAAAGGUUUCUUUUGAUGAUCCUGAACGGUUGGAUUUAAAGACAAAAUCGGCAAAAAAACCACAAACAGUAUUCAGAGGAUCAUUGCUACACAUUAGUCCUGCUGAAGAUCUUCAGUUUGGCUCUAAAGAAAGUAGAGAAACUAAGUGUUUGAUAGUGCUGACAAAUGUGACAAAAAACCCUGUUGCAUUUAAGGUUCGAACAACAGCUCCAGAGAAAUAUAGGGUGAAACCAAGCAAUGGCAGCUUCGAACCAGGCAGUUCACUGGAUAUUCUAGUGUCACUCCAUGGAGGUGUUGAAGCCUCUCCUCAGGACAGGUUUCUGGUGAUGGCAGCUGAAAUGAAUCAAGCUGCAGGAGGUGGCCCUCCUGAUUUGAGUCAGUUCUGGAAGGAAGUUUCUAGGGAUCUCGUGAUGGAGCACAGAUUAAGGUGCCAUAUUGUAGAAAGUCAUAAGGCUAGUGCCAAAGAGAAUUCCUUUAAAGGAUUUGCGGUUAGUUCCAGCCAAGAGGAUUUGCAUUCGAAGAUGACUAAAUUAAUGGCAUCCAACAGGCGACUGGAGGAGCAAAUUAACCGUUGCAUCUGGUUUCAGCAACUAUUAACUGCCUUGAUUACAUUGUUAGUGGCUGUUAUCAGUCUAUCCCUAUAUGUCCGUUCCCCAGACAAGGAUAUACAGUAACUAAUCAAGUUUAUUGAUCCACACAAGACCUUUGUAAACCAAAGUCACUGAUUUUCUUUUUGUUUUGCUUUCAAGUUGCCAAUAUUUCAUAUAUUUAAGGUGGCUUGCUGACCAACUUUUGUUUAUUAUAACUGCUGUUUUUUAAACAAUUUGAUACGGUUUGUACAUUAAUUUUCAUCUCGAGGAAAGAUCCUGUGUAAUGAUGACCAUUUUGAUGAGUCAUGAAAAAUUGUGUAAUUUGAAGUCAGUUUGUAAUAUGUCUUGGUGCUACUAAUAGACAUAACCAAAAUGAUUAAUUGACUGUUCACCCUAAGAAUAUUUGGGUAGGAUUCUGGUGUUUGUUCCAUAAACCAACUUCCAUGUCAAAUAUGGUAUCUGCAAAUACUUGCAACGUGUUAUGAAGAAAGAUAUUUCUGGUAGUUCCUUCACUUAUGUGCUAGAUACUGAAGUUGUAAGAAAACAUUGGACCUUCUGGUAAAUUUAGAUUCUGGAGAGAACAGAGGUUGUUCCUAUUAAGACGCAAUGGUGAUGGCUAUUGAUGCAUCUAUUUAAUCAAAAAGAUAUUAGGAAAUAAUGUAAUUUACUAAAUAAUUGGUAUUGAGCCUGUUUGGCAGCCUUAUGAGUUUUGUCACUGUGAAUACAGUUAUUAAAAGAAAUGAAGUCUCCCAGAUUUACUACAAGAUUGUUUCAGCAAACAACAUUCUAGCAGCAUUUAAUUUAGUACACUAACAAUAGAUUUUAGAUUUGUGUAAACAUAGGAAAGUUUAACAUGCUGGAUGACUUUAAACUGUUGUAAAUUAUCAUGUUUUCUUUUGUUUUCCAUUUUGGAAGAUAAUUUUUCUUGAUGUAGGUUUAAUUCUGUGCACCAAAUCAAAGAUCCUGUGCCCAGAGCCAUUUAUUUGAAUUCACCAGUUCACUUAGUUGAGCUUAUUUCCUUCUGGAAUAAGCACAAGAAGAACCAUGUGUGCCCAAACUGAUACAAGGGAGCCUUUGAAGCUCCAGGUAACUCCAUCUUGUUUGUGCUUAAUGUGCGCCUUUCCUUUGAAUUUUUGUUGAUCUGGAAUUUGGAUUUCCAGUGCUUGGUGGUUUUGUGCCUACAGACUCGAGACUUUAGAUUCUUCUAUCACUGAAGAAAUGAGGUGCCCCAACAAGGUUAACUGAUUGCACUAACUACAAUAUCAUGUCCUGCAGUCUGGUUUCAUAGAGCAACCUGGCUCCUGUUCAGAAUUUUGUGCCACGGACAAUCCUUUACUUGAUGGAACUGGUCAGGUAGUGGCAAUAGAUUACUUAAUACAAAAUGUUAGUGAUAAAACUGAAGGUUGUAUUUGCCAUGAAGACUUCAUUUGAAAUCCAUUUAGUGCCAAGUGCAGUAAAGGAUACUUGUAUGUUAGUAAAUGCAUACUGCAAACAUCCAACCAGGUAUAUCUAUCUACUUAAUGAAUGCAAUACUGCAAAUGCUUCAUUGAUAUACUUGUAAUUUCAAAGGGUAGCAGAUCAAAAUAUAGUGCAUUUUUAAGUUUCAAACAGCAUUGCACUGGAGAUAAGUUAACUAAAGUAUAAAAUGUGAAGUUAAUCACUUCAGUAAGCAAGCAAGAGCCUGACUGAAUUGUAGUGAUAGCAAUGUGGCAGUAUUCACUUUACUUUUUUUCCAGAUAUUCUGUUUCAAGUCAAAAUAUUAUGUAGCAAUGGAGCUGAAAAUAAUCCAUCGUGAUUAAUCAGCUCGUUAUUUGGGAUUCAUAGUUUAAUGCCAACAGAUAUAAAAGUCAAACCACUUUUUAAAGCUGUACUUGAUUUAAAACUUCCAGAGUGAAUUGUACAAUAAUUUGUAGAAUGUUAGUGUACUGAUUAUUAAUAUAAUAAGCUGGCAAUUUAGAUUAAAAUGCACUUUAUGGUAUAAAAUUGCUAAUCAUAUUGCCAUUGACAAUCACUGCAAAUCGAUUGUUUGCUCGUGUUUUAUAUUGUUUGAAAAUAAAUAUUGUUUGUAAUCACAUUUCAAGAACAAUCAAGGUUACUGAUUGUACUGUUUUAAAAUUGUAUAGAAAUACAUUUGUAAGUAAAAUUUGGAAAUUUCAAAUACUUGGACAAAAAGCAUAAGUAUAAUGCAUCAUUUUCCCCAUAUGUUUUGUAUAUUAAAGAUACGUUUCCUUGUGUUACCAUGACCUUGCAAUGCAAAAACAAAUGUCCUAAGAGUAAAAACCAACAUAUGCCCGUAGCACAC